GUAUAUGGAAAACAUUCUGACAAUAGUCAAUGUUCUCAUUGUUUCGGAUACAAGUGAGGUAAUUGUUCCUCAGACUGCUGAAACAAACUUCUUUCCCUUGCCAAUUCGGAUCUUGGCAAUCAUUCUCAACACAAUCGAUGAAAAGAUAAAAGCAUGGUUGCGAAUCCCGGCCAAGUACUUGCCCACAAGUACUGUAGUCACCUCUACAUGUAUCUUUGCAAAACCUUGUUGAAAGAACAGACAUGGGUGAAUACGCCAAUGCUAUCUCCUGUGGAUUCACUUGCAUCUCAGGUUGCAGAAACUUUCGAUAUAAGAGAGUGUUUGAUUUCAAAACACUGUUGCUGUGUCUUCCCGAACGGCUGAUUACAAUCAAUGCAAACAGCAUGGUUGUCGCAAACAGCGCUCCAAGAAACCUGCAAGAGGAUUAGUUCCGCAGAUGACGUACAGCACAAAACAUAAGGAAAUAACCACAGUCAGUCACCUUUCCAUUUUCAUAAAUGCAGUGCGAAUGCAUGACAGUGAUACACAAAAACGAUUUCUCCCAUCUCUCAUCCCUGGCUACCAAUCAAAUCUACUCGUUCAUGAAGGUCUGGAUGCAUUACCCAGCCACUUGUAUCCUGCCGCUCAUUACCUCGAACAAAACAGCAAGGCACAUGGGUGAACAUGCCUAGAAACAAUUGAUCUUGUCUUUGGUGUUCGGUUGUAUAGCACAUUUGCACGCUUUUGUCCCAUGCUUACCGCCAUUGAAGAGCCAUUUCGAGGAGUGGAUUCU